GAAUGAAAAAAAAAGCCCAACAAGCCAGCAAACGGGGAGGGACCUCUUCUGUCAGAGCCUUAUGUAGAUUAACCUUUCAAUUAGCCCUGCUUUUAGAGCCCACCACCACCACCGGUCCUGGCGAUCUGCGGCCACGCGCCACCAAGAAAGGUUUUUAUGAAGACCUGGAGAUGCUUGCACUACCCAGAAAGAAGGGCCCAUUAAAGUGUGGAGAUGUCUUCCAUCUGGUAUAACAGAUUUGUUCCAACUUUCCAUGCUGGCUGAUUAAGGAUCUUUUUUUUAAAAAAAAUGUUUGCAUCCCCCUGUUGUUCUAAUGUCCUCUGGAUGGAAUUUUGAAUUGGUGCUACAAGGCAUGAAGAGAAGUCUUCUUUUGGUGAAUACUUCUUGGAAGCAUCACUAAUAGGAUUAGAGAGUAACUCUAUGGGUAACUCUUUUUCUUGGAAAAGUAUUGGUCAGCCAUGGUAAAACUUGCCAACCCACUUUACACGGAAUGGAUUCUUGAAGCUAUACAAAAAGUUAAAAGGCAAAAGCAGAGACCAUCUGAGGAGAGAAUUUGUCAUGCUGUCUGCGUGUCCCAUGGGUUAGAUAAGAAAAGUGUUUCAGAACAGUUGGAGCUAAGUGUCCAAGAUGGUUCUGUUCUCAAAGUUACCAAUAAAGGCCUUGCCUCCUACAAGGACCCAGAUAAUCCUGGACGUUUCCUGCCUGUCAAGGUGUGUGACCUUUCAAAGCCUUCUAAAGGAUCUAAAGGCACUUGCAGUGAGCUUCGGAAUGUGGAUUGGAAUAAGCUUUUGCGGAGAGGAAUUGAAGGACUCCAGGAACCAAAUGGCUCUUCCCUGAAAAACAUAGAAAAAUACCUGAGAAGUCAACAUGAUCUUGCAGGUAUUUUCAAUGAUCCUGUGUUUCAGCGGAGAUUACGCUUGGGAGCUAAACGUGCUGUAAAUAAUGGGAGACUAUUGAAAGAAGGACCCCAGUAUAGAGUAAACUAUGGAAUCCUGGAAGGCAGAGGAACAUCUAGAUACAGUUCGUUUCCAAUUUCCCUUCCACCUGUCAGUCUUUUGCCUCAUGAAAAAGACCAGCCACGAGCUGAUCCCAUUCCGAUAUGUAGCUUCUGUUUGGGGACAAAAGAAUCUAACCGCGAGAAGAAACCAGAAGAACUCCUCUCCUGUGCAGACUGUGGCAGUAGUGGACAUCCUUCUUGUCUGAAAUUUUGUUUGGAAUUGACAACAAAUGUGAAGGCCUUAAGAUGGCAAUGUAUUGAGUGCAAGACCUGCAGUGCCUGUAGAAUUCAAGGCAAAAAUGCUGAUAACAUGCUUUUCUGUGAUUCUUGUGAUAGAGGGUUUCAUAUGGAGUGCUGUGACCCACCACUUUCCCGAAUGCCAAAAGGGAUGUGGAUUUGCCAGGUCUGCAGACCAAAGAAAAAAGGGGGAAAGUUACUCCAUGAGAAAGCAUCUCAGAUAAGACGGCGAUAUGCAAAGCCUAUUGGACGACCAAAAAAUAAAGUAAAGCAACAAAUGUUGUCUGUAACCAGCGAUGAAGGAUCCAUGAAUGCAUUCACAGGAAGGGGGUCACCUGGUAGGGGUCAAAAGACUAAAGUCUGUACCACACCUUCAUCUGGUCAUGCUGCAUCUGUGAAGGAAUCAAGCAGCAGAUUGGCUGUUACAGACCCCACCUGGCCUGGUGCCACCACCACCAAAAUCACCAAUACCACCUCCACCUACAUAUCUGCAUCUACACUUAACGUUAACAAGAAAACCAAAGGGCUUAUUGAUGGCCUUACUAAGUUUUUUACACCAUCACCCGAUGGUCGCAGAUCACGAGGUGAAAUAAUAGACUUUUCAAAGCAUUAUCGUCCAAGGAAAAUGGCCUCUCAGAAACAAACAUGUACUUCUCAUGUGUUGGCUACAGGUACCACACAAAAGCUAAAACCUUCUUCACUCCCACCCCCAAACCCCAUCUCUGGUCAGAGCCCCAGUUCACAAAAAUCCAGCACUUCAAUCUCUUCCAAUUCUCCCCAAAGCUCCUCCAGUCAAUCAAGUGCACCCUCCUUUAGCAGCCUUCCCAGUAACACUCAGCUAAAGGGACUCUUUGAUGGACUUUCUCAUAUUUAUGCCACUCAGGGACAGUCACGAAAAAAGGGACACCCAAGUUAUGCACCGCCCAAGCGUCUGCAUCGUAAAGCACCGUUCUCUUCCACAUCCAAGUCUAAUACAGCUUUCUGUGGAAAGAAAGAGAUUAGAAGUAGGUUUAUUUCUCAUUCCUCCACCUCUGGAUGGGGUAUGCCUAGAGGACUUGCUUUUAAAGCAAUUGCUCACUUCAAGCAAUCAACUUUCCUUAAAAAACGCAUGAUUCUAGGCAGAUUAAAGUAUAAAGUGACCCCUCAGAUGGGGACCCCCUCACCAGGGAAGGGGAACUUGGCAGACGGAAGGAUUAAACCUGAUCAGGAUGAUGGUACAGAAAUCAAAAUAAGCAUCAAACAAGAAAAUGCAGAUCUGUUUCUGGUGGGAAGCAAGGACUUUGUCACAGAAGAGGAUUUGGAAAUUUAUAAGCAGGCCCAGGAACUUGCCAUGGAGAAAAUCGGUUGUAAAAUUGGUGGAGAAACAAAUGGACGGUACCCUUCAGUCAUAGAAUUUGGGAAGUAUGAAAUCCAGACUUGGUACUCCUCGCCUUAUCCGCAAGAAUAUGCAAGACUAUCAAAGCUUUUCCUGUGUGAAUUUUGUCUUAAAUAUAUGAAGAGUAAAAAUAUUUUGCUAAGACAUUCAAAGAAGUGUGGCUGGUUUCAUCCUCCAGCUAGUGAAAUCUACAGGAGGAAGGACCUUUCAGUCUUUGAGGUUGAUGGGAAUGCAAGCAAAAUUUAUUGCCAAAAUCUUUGCUUAUUAGCAAAGCUCUUCCUAGACCAUAAAACAUUAUAUUAUGAUGUUGAGCCAUUUCUUUUCUAUGUUCUCACCAAGAAUGACGAGAAAGGGUGUCAUUUAGUUGGAUACUUCUCAAAGGAGAAGCUCUGCCAACAGAAGUACAAUGUCUCCUGCAUAAUGAUUAUGCCCCAAUACCAAAGGCAAGGAUUUGGAAGGUUUCUCAUUGAUUUCAGCUACUUACUUUCUAGAAGAGAGGGACAAGCAGGAUCACCUGAAAAGCCACUCUCUGAUCUGGGUCGCGUUUCCUACCUGGCCUAUUGGAAAAGUGUUGUACUGGAAUAUCUUUAUUGCCAUCACGAGAAACAGAUCAGCAUCAAAGGAAUGAGCCGAGCAACUGGGAUGUGUCCCCAUGACAUUGCUACCACCCUACAGCAGCACAGGAUGAUAGACAGGAGAGAAGAAAAAUUUGUGGUAAUUAAAAGGGAGAAACUGAUUUCAAGUCACAUGGAGAAACUCAAAACCAAUCCACGCAUCAAUGAAGUAGAUCCAGAAAGCUUGAGGUGGACCCCCCUUUUAGUUCCUAAUGCAGCAGUUUCUGAGGAAGAAAGAGAAGCUGAAAAAGAGGCUGAGCGACUGAUGGAACAAGCAAGUUGCUGGGAAAAAGAAGAGCAAGAGCUGUUCUCCAAACGAGCUAACAGGCAAUUGUCGGCAAAAGUGCAAUCUAAAAACAAGUAUUUGCGACCUACAGAGAAUGUAUCAGCAAUAGCAGAGAAAGGGCAAGCCACAGAUCCACCAAAAGAAAGCAGUGGAGAUGAGGAGGAGGAGGAGGAGGAGGAAGAAGAGGAAGAGAUUAUGGAUGGACAUCAUCAAAAUUCUUCGCCAAGGCUGGCAAAAUUGCAGUUACUUGCUAUGAAAAGAAAGAGAUCUUUCGUACUGAAAAAGAAAAGAGGUCGUAAACGCAGAAAGAUUAAUAGCAGUGUUACAACAGAGACAAUUUCUGAAACCACCGAAGUUCUGAAUGAGCCCUUUGAUAAUUUAGAAGAAGAGCGACCUAUGCCACAGGGGGAAUCCACUUUUGAGAUAGAUGGGGAAAGUGACGAAUUAAAGGCUGGCAUUCAAGAGGUUUUCCAGUCUCCCUCUGAGGAGAGAGAAGAAAAUGAACAAGAAAAAGAGGAACAAGAAAAAGACAAUCACUCUUACCAGAAUGAUACUGCAUACAGAGCGAAAGCAGAAGACAGUGCAGCCAUCCUGGAAGAUGUUAGUAAAGACAAUCCUGAGCCAGUGGUGUGUAAACAAGCGUGGCCCAAAGGAAUGAAGCACUACCCAUCGAAAUGGAGACAAAGUAAAGAGAGAAAAUUUGGUUUUAAGCUUAAUUUGUACACUCCACCUGAAACUCCUAUGGAACCUGACUAUCAGGUGAUUGGAGAGGAAUCAAAAGAACCGGCUGAAAGCAACCCAUCCCAAGAUUCUGCAGUUACAGAGGAAGUUAAAAACUCUGAAACCAUUUUGCCAUGUGAAGAUGAGGCAGGAGACUCCGCAUCUGAGUAUUUGGAGUUAAGCAGAACAGAAAAAACUGAGAAUGAUUUAGCAGAAGUGGAGGAAAAUAAUACAGUAGAAGAAGUGGAAAGUGUGAAUAGUCAGAGUAAAAACCAGCAAGAGACAACUGAAAUGGAGAAAGAGGAGCCUGAGCCAUUAGAUCAUGAUGAAGAGGAGGAAGAGGGAAAAUCUCGUAAUGAGGAUCAUGAUGCUGAUGAUGAGGACGAGAGCCACGUUUGUUCAGCAGAAAUAGAGACUCAGGAGGCAGCACCAGAAGAACCACUCAAAGAAGUACUGGAGAAUCAGGAGUCUUUUUUAGGUGAAAAUGAACACAGUGUCAAAUCAAGUCAGGAAGAUGCAAUAGACUGCACUGUUGAUCUUGUAAAUGAGUGCAACAGUGACCAGAAAGAGUUUCCUGCUGUUCUGGAAUCUGCAUCUGAGCCGAGUAAUGAAAAUACAGAAGAUCAAAAUCAAGUUGAAAAUGCAGAACUAAAUUCUGCAUUCAAGAACACUAAUACAGAAACCCUGGAGAUAGAUUCUGAAACAGCACAAGCAGUAAAGUCUCUAACCCAAGAAACAGCGGAACAUGAAGAUGCAUUUCAGGAUUCUGCAGAGACUCAGGAGGCAUGUCAAAGCCUACAGACUUAUACCAACACUAAUGAAAGUCCACAGAUAAGCACCUUGGACGACUGUCAGCAGUCUGAUCACAGUAGUCCUGUCUCAUCUGUCCAGUCCCAUCCCAGCCAGUCAGUUCGGUCUGCUAAUAGUCCAAAUGUGCCUCCAUUAGAAAACAGCUAUACUCAAAUCAGCCCUGAUCAAAGUGCCAUCUCUGUUCCAUCUCUGCAGAAUAUGGAAACCAGCCCCAUGAUGGAUGUUCCAUCUGUUUCUGACCAUUCUCAACAGGUUGUUGAUAGUGGGUUUAGUGAUCUGGGUAGCAUUGAGAGUACAACUGAGAACUAUGAGAAUCCAAGCAGCUAUGAUUCCACCAUGGGCAAUAGCAUCUGUACAAACAACUCCUCACAAAACAGCUGCUCAUAUAGCAAUCUUACAUCCACUAGUAUGACACAGAGCAGUUGUGCUGUGACUCAGCAGAUGUCGAACAUGAAUGGAAGCUGCAGCAUGAUGCAGAAUACCAGCAUUAACUCCCCCCCUCCUUGUAAUGUGAAAUCCCCUCAAGGUUGUGUAAUUGAAAGGCCCCCAAGCAGCAACCAGCAGCUUCCUCAGUGCAGCAUGGCUGCUAACUUUAGCCCACCGAUGCAGUUAAGUGAAAUUGCAGAAACUGGCAAUGCCAACAUUGGCUUGUAUGAAAGAAUGGGCCAAGGUGAAUUUGCAGCGGGGCAUUAUCCACAGCCAUCUGCUACCUUCAGCCUUGCCAAACUGCAACAGUUAACCAACACACUUAUGGACCAUUCGUUGCCUUACAGUCAUUCAGCUGCUGUUACUUCCUAUGCAAAUAGUGCCUCUUUGUCUGCUCCUCUCAGUAGCACAGGACUUGUUCAGCUGUCUCAGUCUCCUCAUCCGGUCCCAGUAGGGGGUCAAGUCCAAACUACAAUGACUCCACCCCCUAACCUUACUCCUCCUCCCAUGAAUUUGCCACCUCCCCUUCUGCAGCGUAACAUGGCCACAUCCAAUAUUGGUCUCUCCCAUGCCCAAAGACUGCAAACUCAGAUGCCUGGGAAAGGCCAUGUUUCGGGUAGAACUAAAUCAGCACCCUUACCGCCAGCUGCAGCCUCCCACCAGCCACAGAUCUAUGGGCGCGCCUCACAGACUGUGGCCAUGCAAGGGCCAGCACGCGCCUUAACCAUGCAGCGUGGCAUGAACAUGAGUGUGAACUUGAUGCCUGCGCCAGCUUACAAUGUCAAUUCUGUGAACAUGAAUAUGAAUACCCUAAAUGCUAUGAAUGGAUAUAGCAUGUCCCAACCUAUAAUGAAUGGAGGCUACCAUGCAAAUCACGGAUACAUGAAUCAAACGGCCCAGUACCCUAUGCAGAUGCAAAUGGGGAUGAUGGGAAGUCAGCCAUAUGCACAACAGCCAAUGCAGACUACCCCCCAUAGCAACAUGAUGUAUACUCCUCCAGCACAUCAUGGCUAUAUAAAUACUGGCAUGUCCAAACAAUCUCUGAAUAGUACUUAUAUGCGCAGGUAGGAUUGUGGGUUGGGGGAGUGGGUGGGGACACUGUGGGGAAAUGGAGACAGAUGCCACACCAAAUUGUGGCAUACUAGGAUUUGACCUGCACAAAUAUAUGUCCUUUCAGAGAGUUUGAUUCAAAACCAGCAAUUGGUGUAAAUGCAAAAAACAUUUGUUGACACCACUUUUAAAUGUAUGCAGCAGAAAGCCUUAUUAUAAAUGUGUUCUCAUUUAUUUUCAUUUGUUUUGUAAUUUUGUUUUGUUUGCAAUCUUUUUAUAUAAUUGAAGUUCUGUGAUGACUAAGAGCUUCUUCAUUGUACUGCAAACGUGCAAAACAAGCUGAUGGUUCACAGCCAUUUUAUGUGCCUGCUCCCAUUUGAAACGUGGGUCAUAGUUUUUGGAGUAUAUCUGAUGUUGUGCUGGACUGUGAGCUUUCUUCCUGUUCUGUCCUACCCUUCCUCCUCCACCAUGUAAAUGCCUUUUUGCAUUACAUUCUUGAACAAUUUUGUUUCUCAAACUGACACUUUUGCAUGCCGCUAAUGUCUUUGUUAGUGACAGUGCAUUUUGUAGUACUGUACAAGUGUUGUGCUUAACAGUAAGCCAUUCUCUUAAUUUGUAUUUUUUUUUAAAUUUUGCCUUGAUUAGGUUGAUCCAAUUUUGGGUGAGGGUGGGGUAAAAAAAAUAUUUUUGUUAAUUAGAUUUCAAAAAUCUUUUUUUAAAAAAGAAGCUUUGAAAUUUUCCAAUUUUGAUUAUUUCAGCUUUCUGAGUGCAAUCCACUGGGAAAUUCCCCUGUGUCCUACUGUGCUCUUGCACAAAUCUGAGUGAUUUCCAUUGAGCUGGCACAGAAGGGUCUCCUUAUGGAUUACACCCUGAACAUUUGGUGUAACCGUGGUGGUAACAUAACUUACUGUCUCUUCUGAUUGUAGAUUUCCCCCCAGAAAAUUAAAAAGGCAGCUUAUUGUUCUUUUUUGUAACACAAACAUAUAUUGAUUGAUUGAAGCAUAUCAGUGUUUAACAAGAUUUGGAACAUUUUCAUAUAUAUCCAGAUACUUGGCAGAAUUUUAAACAAAAGUGAAUUCGGUGUAAAGUUGCUAUUUUAUGGAAAUGCCUCUAACUUUACAUUUUCAUUCCAUCAGUAGAUUUUUCUAUCUUUAUAAAAUAUCGGAGUUAUUUUUUAAGGAAAGUAAAUAGGGCAGUAGCUUGUGAAUAGCUCAAAUGAAACUUAAAGGGCGCAUGUAAAAAGCAGAAGGUAUUUGUGUCUGUUUAUAUGGCUUCUUUUUUUUGUAGCCUUUGUACCUGUACAGAGUGACUGUAAAAGCCAAGAGGUGGCUUGAUUCAUGUAUAAAAAUACACCCAGUGACUCUCUCUUGUAUUUAUGUUACCUUUUUAGUCAGUCACUUAAAACAAAAACAAGCUGUACAUUUUAACAUGAAAAUAAAUUAUGAUGAGCCAUUUUUA